AUGGAACACACCCAAGCAUCGCCAUUUCUCAAGCCCGUAAUCACGCCCAAGCGCAAAGCCCAGAUCUCGACAGCACCAGCCGCUUCUUCUCAGUCGGUACAACAAAGGCAGAUUGAGGAGAGAAGUGAACUGGCGCAGGCAAUUCAACGAAGUCCAGACUGGAGCAACGGAAGCCUGCAGCCUGCUGGGCUGUUCAGUCGUGCAGCCACUCGAGGCAGUUUCUCACUUGGAAGCAUAUUGAAUGCUUCAGAAUCGACCACUUCAGAGGCACAGCAAGAAGAGUCGCGGGUCCCUGCAGAUGAUCCAAUUCAACUUGGUCUCCUCAAUUCUUCCAUCGCCUCGUCUCUGUUCGAAAAUUUCAUGGAAUCUCUCAAUCCAUACAUAAGCCAAUUGGACCCGUACCUGCACACCUUCAGCCGGAUCCGACAGGAGUCUUCAUUCCUUCUGACGGCAAUCCUAUCCGCAGCCUCAAAGGCAUUCAAUCCUGCUCUAUACAAGAGACUCCGCGACCAUGCAGAAGGUAUCCUUGCCUCUACGUUCAGAAAAGGAACCAAAUCAGUUGAGACUGCCCAAGCGGUGAUGAUCUUGACCUAUUGGAAAGAGUCUGAAGACACACGUGCCUGGAUGCUCCUGGGAUACGUGAUCAGGAUGGGCAUGGAAUUGGGCUGGCAUCGGCUGGCUCCUUAUUCGCCGCAAUCAAACGCGGCCAUGGACUUGGAGCGACGUCAAGCCAGGAACAUCGAGAGAACCUGGCUGAUUCUCUUUGUUUACGAUCGAAGCAUGAGCUUACAAACUGGAAAGCCGUGGAUGAUUGAACGAAGUGAGUUCAUCGAGUCUAUUGAGCCAUGGUGUAAAGAUGCAAUGGCUACUACUGGUGAUUGCCUGCUCGGUGCGCUGGUAACACUACGACUGUUGAGUUCAGAGGUUUUCAGGCUACUGGGACCGAGGUCAAGUCGAGUUCGCGCCAGACAACUACACAGUCUCGAAUCUCUCCUUGCAAUUAUCAAGAGCAGAAUCGAGGAGUGGGAGUCGAGGUGGCUCAGGGUCGCAGAUACAGACAGCUGCCAUCCUUUUUUAAUCCAGUUCUAUGGCACACAUCUCAAGUUACAACUGUUCUCUUUGCCAUUACAGGACAUCUUAGCACAGUCGGAUCCAAACAUGACCUACCAUAUGGAGGCUCUCUGGGUUAGCUACUCAAGUGCCCUGGAGAUGCUGCAUCUCAUCUGCCGUCACUCUUCUUGGCUUUACUUUACCCAAGACUCUGUUCAUGUGAUGACUGCCUAUAGUGCAGCAUUCUUGAUCAAGCUCAUGCUAUCUACGUCCCAUUCCAUCGCCGGCCAAAUUCAACCAGCCAUUCAAAGUGCAAUUUCGGGUGCAGCCUUGGUUUUCUCCCAGCAAGCUGCGCCGCCGGGCUCGAGUUGCGCACUUCAGUCAAGGUUUCUCGACAACAUCUUGGCUAGAAUCUCCAAGCCCUCAGCCGAGGCGUCGACGGUAACAGAUCUUCCUGAGCAUCGUGACCAGCUUCGGGCUGGCGAGCGGGACACGACACGCGAGAUCGGGUAUGCCGCAACUUCAGGUCGAGCUUUCGGCCAGGCGGAAGGCGCACUGAGUUUGGAUUUCGCAGAUGAUGAGACCUGGGUUGGACUCAUGGCUGAAGCUGGUUUCAAUACUCAAGAUGGUGUAUUUUUUGCUUGA